CCAAAAUACAUAUUUCCUAAAAGUAGAAACACUGAUCUAAACAGUGAUGUAAAAAUUAUUGCGUGGCUCUUUGAAAACACAACGGAAACGAAGCUCUCAAAGAUGACAAUAUAAUGUUACUUAACCGGCUUUCAUCUGUCAACAAGGUCACAUUACACACUCACCUUUACAGUCCAGAAAGAAAUAAAACCUCCUAUAAAAACCACUUGUUUCCAUGUAAAAUACCACCAGGUGUACCAAAGCAACUUAUGUGGUCAAAUAUUUAUCAGAUUUUGCUUUAAAAAGCGAAUUUGUCGUCUCUUUAAUUUACGACAUAGAAAGACCGCUGGAAUGUGGGGUGGUUUGCGUGACAGAAGCGGCGCGUGACGUAAUGUAAAUUGAUAUCGCGAAAUAAAUACUAAACUCUAGUUGCAAGAACAUUUAUAUCUCACGUUAGAGAAGACUUCUAAAACUUAAAUCAGGAUUUACAAAGAUAUUAUUUAUUUUCGACAAAGAAACUCGAUCUAGAGGAACACUAGUACUUGAUUGAAAGCCUUGAUACUCAUAUUGGUGCUGUUUACGCUGAUACCGUCUAUAGUAUCACCUUUGUAUUUACCUUCUUGUCCAGCGCAAGUUCAACAUGGUCGACUAGUAUGGAGAAAGAGUGCUCUUUUUCGAAGUUAGUAGGAGGUCCUUGUGGCCUUGAUACCAAGUAUCCUCGUAAUACAGACAUAGUAGAAUUGUCGUCAUGCAAGAGAUAAUAAUCAAAAAGUCAGUGUGGGCCUAGGGGCCGAUUURGUGGGGUGUUGUGCGGUGCAGCGGACACCCUAUUCGGUGUCAUUUUCAUAAUUAACUAUGUAGUAUCGUUGUUAUAUGUCGAAAGAAAAGCAUGUAGAUAAACUAUAUUUUUCUGUUCUUAAAUUAAUGUACGUGCGAGUCGUUUAUUGCUUGGAAGCCCUGUGGUCGUUUUUGCACCAUACACAUUGGCAGGAAAUUUGGGGCUAAAAACAUUACUGUGGGACACCUCUUUUUGAUUCGCCCUUAGUUGACGACACCGGAAAUACGGCUGUGAGAGAGACUACCCUUGGGUUGGGUGGGAAGUUGACGRCGCAGGUCGAGAAUCUCUAUCAAAUAGAAGUAAAAAGUCUUUAGUGUUCAUUGCUCGUAAACAUAAACAAAACCUUCCAUAUAUCUAGGGCGAACUUCCGCCGAUCCCUGAAACACCUGGUUAUGUACCAAGGCUUAGUGAUGCGUCAAACGAAGAAGAAGAUAACAAAGAUGUCAGCGCAGUCAAGUCAAACCUCAAUAAUCUUAACGCAUAUUUACAAUCAAGAGAUGUGAGUCCUGUAAGGGCACAACUACGAACACCUUGGCAAAGUGCCAGUGCCCGAACAAAGCGAUACUACGUAAGAAAAGCAGGCCAGGUGGUUGCCUCUGUUGUCCAUGACAUAAGCCCAAAUGACGCCGGCCCUUUGUUUCGCGAGGUCAAGUCUUCGCAAAUGCUUCGACGCCAGCUAUCGUCAAGUGAUGAAGAGUCUGAAGACGAGAACGUAGACGAGACGCUCAUGGCAUCGCUCUCUGCAUGUUACCAGGCUGCAGGUCGUUGGAGCAUGCGACGCCAAUUCCUCARUAUUAUUGCCGACAAGUUGCGCCUCAAGACCUUACAACGAUAUAUACCUGAACUCACACAAACUAAGGUUACAGAGGCAAAACGCCAUUGUAUUGUUUAUGGCCGAGGGGCACCAGUACCACAAGAAAAGGUCAUACGACAGGACUUUUCAAUUCCCCAAGUUGAACACUUCAUAACGUUUAUUACAAGUCCGCACGUAGUCCAAGACUUGCCUUUUGGCGAACGGAUGAUACAGUUAAGCAAUAAUGACGCGAUCAAGAUCCCCAACGUCAUAAGGACUUUGAUCCMCGAGCAAAUAGUGAAGCAAUACCUUGCCUUGUGUGAGGRGUUAAAAAGAAAGCCAUUGAGCCGCUCUACUUUGCUUCGAAUUUUAAAGGUUUGCACAGCUUCCACACGUAAAUCUCUGCAGGGUCUCGAUUAUGUGAGCUCCAUGGGUGCAGAGGGAUUUGAUGACCUAUUGGAAGUCGUGGAACAAUUAACAGAUGGUGGUCAUGAAGAUAUGGACUGGGGCAAGAAUAUUCAGGACAGGCUUCGCACUUCUAAACGCUACCUGAAAAGUGAUUACAAGGUGCAUGUUUCAGAGACCUCUACAGUGGCCGAUCACUGCAGAAGAUUCGCUCUUAUUGAUCCUAAGGUUGCAGCAUUCCGGAUUGAUUGUGAUCAUAAGCACGACCAUCAGUGUGACCGUUGUGAAGAAAUGAUGUCGGUGCUUGAUGAUGUAGAUGGCGCCAUUGAGAAACGGAAAGAUUCCAUGUCUGAGGACGAGUUUGAAGACCUCCGAUUCGUUGCUAAGCAGUCCAAAUCGAGUAUCUUGGCUUGGAAGGCCCACAUCCUGCGCUCCAUACAUCAAGAUACCACAAGGACAGACGUACUAGCACUCCUCGGUGACGACUCUGUAUUCGUGAUACAGGAUUGGGCGAUGAAGUACCUGCCAAGGAAAUACCGUGAGAGUCAAACCGRCUGGUUUGGCAAGCGCGGUAUUCCUUGGCACAUUAGUGUGGCCUUUAGAAAGGUUGACGAGGAACUUGAAAUUAUGACUUUUUGUCAUAUUUUUAAGAAUGUUACCCAGGAAAGCGAAGCGGUAGUUGCUGUAAUGGAUGAUGUAAUCCAAASGCUUAAAAAAGCCAUGCCUUCACUCUCAACACUUUACUAUCGGCAAUGCUGUGUGCUAUCACAGUGCCCAAACUAUAGUUUCUGGCAGUGUGCUUAG